AUGCCUGAUGGGAUCGAAGAGAGCUGGUUCGUGCCUUCGGAGUCGUCCGAAGGUACGAGAAAGUCGCAUCUGAGCGCCAAAUCCUCGGUUCAGGUCAAUCAGGCGGUCGACGACAUGAAGGGUGGAUGGGAGUUUGAACUCGAAGAACCGACAGCGACUUGCGUCCCUGUGCUCCCGGAGAGUCUGGAGACCAUCACGAAGGCCGAGAGCCUUCCCAGUCAGAGGCAUCGCUGGAACACGAAUGAGGAGAUCGCAUCGAUCCUCAUCAGCUUCGAAAAGCACGAAACAUGGCUAACGAAAGAAGUUCAAAUUCGACCUCACAGCGGCUCGAUGCUCCUCUACAGCCGAAAGCGCGUCCGGUAUCGAAGAGAUGGCUACUGCUGGAAGAAGCGGAAGGACGGGAAGACGACGCGCGAAGAUCACAUGAAGCUGAAGGUCCAAGGAACGGAGUGUAUCUACGGAUGUUAUGUGCAUUCGGCCAUUCUUCCCACUUUCCACCGGCGCUGCUACUGGCUCCUCCAGAACCCGGAUAUCGUUCUGGUUCACUAUCUGAACGUCCCGUUCUCCGACGACAGCAAAAUGCUGACUGCCCCGACCCUGUCGUGCUGCGCCGACGCAAAAGAAUGGACGAAGGAGGAACUUAUGGCACAGCUGAAGCCAAUGUGUAAGUACGCAGAUAUCGAUCAUGAAGACAUUCGUUCGGUGAAAAAAGUCACCUCCUUGAAUACUGUCGAGUCCAUCGUUUGUCAACUGCUGGAAAAACAAAAGGAGAAGGUCAGCUCCCCGGACAAGGGUCCCGACUGCCCCUGCGACUCCACAACAAAACCAUCCACGCCAAAAUCGAAUAUCACCAGUCAUCAGCCGAGCAUUGUUUCUGUGCACACGCCACGCAGCGAAGCAUCGAUCCUACAGAUAACGACCCAGACAACCCCGAUGAGUCCGGGGAGUACUCAGUCCAUCACCGUCGUGAACGCCUCUAAUGCAUUCUCGCAGCAGAGUAUCACAGCAAAGAAGAUCGCGACGGGUCAUCCGGUGCACCGCAUCAUAUCCCCAAAAAAUUUGACCUCGUCGACUAUUGUCUCCGCCCUCCCAGCGAAUCCAGUGACGUCAUCGACCGCAGUAAAAACCGACAAUAGGCUGAUGAGCGGGCCGACCGUGAGCAAUACGACAUCUAACACGACGACCUCCAUCGUUCCGUCUCAAAUACCGAUCGUUUCCUCGGCCCCGACGAUGCCGACACCUCCGAGACCGGCCAGCGUUCUUCUGGCUCCGUGCAGACCUCUGAACGGCGAUACGAGUCGACCGAGCUUCAUUUUGAACCUUUCGCAACUCCGGGGUGGUGGGGGCCUAUUGAUCCUGAACGGGCCUGCGAACGCUUCGAAUGGCCUCGCGGGCGCCUCGGUCACUCCUUUAACACUUGUCUGUGGGACGAACGGCCCCAGUCCAACGUCUACGGUCCCCACGCCUGCCACAUCGGCUCCCAUCGCUAUGACAGAAGGAACUCUGACACGCGUCGCAGUUCAAUCAAGUGCCAAUGGACAAACGAUUUCGAUUCCGAGCCCCCCGGCCUAUCCGGUCAGCGGGAUCUCACCGGUGGGAACCAGUACCGCUCCGGUGCCUGCCGGACCCAUUCAACGCGUCCCCGAAUCGACUGUCCCGUGUUCCGUGUCAUCUUCUGUACCUGAUUAUUUUGCCAUCUCGCCAAGGCUCAUUCAAGUCAAGAGCGAAAACCCGAUACAUGUGAAGGCCGAGACCCCCGACUCGGCGUCACCCGUCGUCGAGGCCAAGCCCAGCCCUCCGGAUGAGGAUAUGCACAUGGAUGACCUUCUGCCGAUGUGUGAGACGAAUCGUUCAAACAGUCCCCCAUUCCCAAAUCUCACGCCCACAUCGCUCCAGCUGCCAACAGGUCCGUUGGAUAUCAGCGACAUCUUCAACACCCAAGUACAAAACGGCGAUUUCUGCGGUCCCAAGGAUGACUUCAUGACGGAUUUCGGUGGCCCAUCCGUUUCGUCCUCAGACAAUACGCACACUAUGCUGAAGACGGACUUGAAAACCGAGCCGCUCGAUUUCGCGGAUGUGCCCACCACUAGUUUGGCACAAGACCUCUCGCACAGCUCCGCGCACAUGGCUGGGUCAAUCGGCGAUGGGACUGUUAGCGAUUUCAACACCAUGGAUUUCAUCGAGCACAACAUCGGCGGGAGCGAAGAAGAUGGAUUCAACAUCGAGACCUUCGACAUGCUCGGGAGCGUGGCUACGUGGGAGGAUCUUAACGACAUCAAUGCUCUCACGACCUCGCAGAUUCCACCCCCUGCACUACCCUCGUCGAAACAGCAAAACUCUAUGUCAGCUGGCAGCUCGCCUCUAUCAUCCGAUACGUCGGCUUCGUUGAUGAUGCCGCCACCUCUGGCUUUACCUCCUCCGGCUUCCGACCUCUUAACGACGAUGAAUUGUGAUUCGAUACACAGAACAUCACCGACCGACUUCAGUGCUAAGAUGUUGUGCAUCAAGAUUGUGGAUUAUUCUCCCGACUGGGCCUACACUCCUGGUGGUGUCAAAGUUCUCAUUGCCGGUGACUGGACGCAAUCGGUCAGUCACUUCUCAAUCCUUUUCGACGGCAUGAGCGUUCCGACCACUUUGGUGCAGAACGGACUCCUCUGCUGCUGCUGCCCGUCGCACGAGCCUGGAUUGGUAUCACUCCAGGUCGCAGUCGACGGAUUUGUGAUCUCCGACACCGUUAAAUUCGAGUACCGAGCUGGGGAAAGAGCUGCGAAUCGUGCAAGCGCCCCUACGGAUAGUGUGGAAUCCAACGAUGUCAAGAAAACAAGAAGUUGUUUCGACGUUGAGGAAUCCGCUUUGAAAUACUCACUCAUGGAGAGACUUGAAUCCAUCGAAGCGAGACUCGCGAUAUCUACCGAAUGCGAAAGUCCGCGGAGCCUUCUCGCCAAAGCUCUCGCGGCGGGAUCGUGGAAUUUCGAACAGCGGAUGGUUUCCGUGUGCUCAGGCUUGAUGGUGUCACCGAGCCCCCCAACAGCCGCAGCAGCGCCGGUGAAAGUCACUGACUCGGAACAAAUGUCUCUCUUGCACCUGUCGGCAGCCCUCGGGUACACAAAACUGAUCUCGGUUCUAUUGCGAUGGCGCGAAGAGAAUCCGUCGCCCCUAAUUGAAAGCGAAGUGGACGCAUUGAAUCGAGAUUUCUAUGAGAAUACGCCUCUGCACUGGGCUUGCGCUAAGGGACACAGAAAAUCCAUUCAACAAUUGCUUUCAUGGAACCCUGCUGCGGCCAAAGUUUUCAACUUGGAAGGAGACAGGCCUGGGGAUUGCGCUCGAAACCACGAGAGCCAAGGCACUUCGAAGCAGUCCGUACAGAUCUUCGAUUCGAAGUCGAGACGUGCCGCGAAACGUCCAUCCGCGACACCGCUGCGAGCUCUCCUGAGUCUUUCGCUGAAAUCACCUGGCGACCAUGGAUUGUGCGAAGCGGACAAGAACGCUCCGGGAAGUGACUCCAACGGCGAUGUCGUCGAUUCAUCAUCGAAGAGUCCAAUCGUAGACGUGGUGAGCAUUUCGGAAGACGAAGAGGUUGACGAUACGGCUGCUGUUAGUCCGAUCGGACCCACUUCAUCCAACCGUGAACUGCUUGACGUCAAAGGUCUGAGCUCAAAACAACAACGCGUCUUCAACAUAUGCCUUUAUGCAGAUGAAGAAGAGAGAAUUUUGAAUUUGGCCCAGCAAAUUAUAGCUGCUCUUCCCGAGCGCAUCAAAAGUCACGUCCAGGAUUACGAAGAUGAAGAUCAGAGGACGUGUUGCAAUUCUCCCAUUCGACUAGAUUCCCCCAUUGAUCCCAGAGAGGAAGAGCUCCUCGUCGAGGAGUUCGAGGCGUCGUUGGAAGAAUCGACGUCUAGUCUUUUCUCGGACAACUUGCAGUUCGACUUGACCGAACAAAAUUACCGACUCACCGAUGAUGACCCCACCACCUCAUUACCUUCGUCGUCGACUUGCCCUCGGUCACCGGCGUCCGACGAAAUAGUGGAGCACGAUUUCUCGAAGUUGAACCUAUCCGAUGCUGAGCAACGGGAGUUGUAUGAAGCCGCGAUAACAAUCCAGAAGGCAUUCCGAUCUUACAAAGAUCGGAAAAUAUCCGAGCACCAAGAAGCGGAUCACAAAGAACGCGAAGCGGCCGUCCUCAUCCAGAACUAUUAUAGACGCUACAAGCAAUACUUGUACCACAAGAGCAAGAGCAGCGCCGGAUAUUUCGAUGUCCCUUUCUCUCCGGACUCGGGAUUUCCCGACGCGGAAACGAGCAAGCGCUUGAAAAUCGACACGAAAGAAACAUCGCUGAGCUCUACAGUUGAGCAUGACCUCGACCGAAUUUUCGGCAGCUCAGCGUCAACGAGUUCGAAUAUCCAAGAGACUCCGAGCACUUCGGGAGUGAAGAAACAACCUCCGACUCAGAAGAAGGAGACCCAGGCAGCCAAAAAAAUACGCGAAUUCCUCAGAAAGAAGUCCCAGAACGGGAUGGCUACGCGGAGUUCGUGGAACCAUAAACCCGGGAAAGAGGAACGGGCUACGUCAGCCGCUCCGAAACGUCAAGAGCGAAGUACGCCAAUGGCUGGUGCCAGCCGGACACAUAUGAAAGUUUACGGUGGUCUUCGAAGCUCGAAGUCUCAGAAAGGAUCUCGACGCUCUGGCGCAAUCUGA